CCUCAAAAACCACCCCCACACACGAACCACUCCCCUCCCUCUCCUCGCGCAAGCAUCCUCUCCUCCGUACCCUCGCACGCGGUUCCUGCGCCGCCGCCACAUGGGAGCUUGUCGACCAGCCCAGCGUCCUCCAGAUCACCGCCGCCCCUCUCCGGAUCGCCGCCGCCCCUCUCCGGAUCGCCGCCGUCACCGCCCCGGAUCGCCACCUUCGCCGUCGGAAUCGCUGCCAACGUCUCGUCGCCCCGGAUCGCCGCCGUCGCCGGGCCAUGGCGGUGGAGGUCGACGGCACCCGGAAGCGCGGGGCGGCGGCCUUCCUGGACGACCCCUUCGAGGUGCUGCAGGUGAAGCGGGGCCGGUGCUCACCGUCCGCCACCACGGCCUCGGUCGCCGACCUCGGCAUCAACAUGGAGUUCGACCCCGUCGAGGCGGUCCAGUCCGUCUUCCCCGGCGCCGAUCCGCAGCUUCUGCGGGGCUAUCUCGAAGCGUCGGGAAAUGUCUUGGAUGCUGCCAUCAGAAGCCUCAGUGAUUAUUUGGCAUCGGAUUCAGCAACGACCAAUGCUGGUGCCUCCUCAUCUGGAGUGGCAUCUCAUGUGACGGUGAUGAAUACUCCAGCCAACAGGACUGAAUGGACGGAGCUAAUUGUCAAGGAGAUGUCGUCCGCUUCAGAUCCGAAUGACGCCAGGAAUCGAGUCUUCAGGAUACAUGAAAUGUUCGACAAAUGUGCCGCAAACUGCAGUACUCAUGAUGAGGCGCAUAAAAUGCGUGAGACGAAGGGCACGACAGAUGGCGCCGGCGGGAAGGUGAGCAGCUGUGGAGAUAAGCGAGGAAAGGAGUAGUGUGAGGCGGUUGGCGGUGUUGAAGAGGAUGAGAGGGCCGCACACUCGGUGCCAUGCUACUGGAGGGCCCGCUGCUGGAGGCAGUCCUAGGGAUUUUUGGAUCAAUGACAGUAACGUUGGCGACCCAGGUAUCUUCUUCCAUCUCUAGAUCCUGAAUCUACAGCUCUCUAAUCUGCAAAUACACGCAGUAGCGACGGGUACAAUUGCAUGGUUGUGACUGCCGACCAGUACACGAGUGGGGCUGCCGUUCUCCUACCGGUAAUCAGCUGCUCCAGUGCCACCGCAUAUAUACUCCGAUGAGUAUCCUUGAUAUCUUCCCUCCACAUUGCAUCUAAUGACACACU